AUGCGUCCCUCUGGUCUUAUUUCCCUUCUGCUGGCCGCUGCCCCGACUCUGGUCUCUGCUAAGGGUACUCUCGGUUUCUCCCUCGGUGACAAGAAUGCCGACGGUACCUGCAAGUCCACCAGCGACUAUGAGUCCGAUUUCGAUGCCCUGAAGGGUCUGUCUACCAUCGUCCGUACCUACUCCGGUACUGAGUGUAAGACCCCUCAGAACAUUCUGCCUGCUGCCAAAAACAAGGGCUUCAAGGUCGUUCUCGGCAUGUGGGUUGGCAAGCCUACCGACACUAAGAACCUGCUGGAGGAGCCUUCCUUCAAAAAGGAUUGGGCUGCCAUUCAAAAGGCUAUCCCCGGUUACGAGGACGUCAUUCACGCUAUCACCGUCGGAUCCGAGACCCUCUACCGUGGUGACUUGACUGGUCCCCAGCUCCACACUUAUAUCAGCCACGUGAUGGAUAAUGUGCCCAAGGGUGUUCUUGUUGGCACCGCCGAGAGCUGGAACAAGCUUGCUGACGGCACCGGAGACGCCCUCUUCACCCAGGAGCCCGUUGUGAAAUAUGUCUUGGCCAACGCCUUUGCUUACUGGCAGGGUACUGCCGCCGACGAGGCCUACAAGACCUACUUCGACGACAUGGCCGGCGCCAUGGAGCACAUUCAGAAGAUUGCCGGUGACAACGCCGACAAGAUCAACAUUGUCACCGGUGAGACCGGCUGGCCCACCGAUGGCGGUUCCGACUACGAGGCUGCCAAGGCCGGUACCAAGAAUGCUGAGAAGUUCUGGAAGACCGGUAUCUGUGGUAUGCUCGACUGGGGUGUUGACCUCUUCUACUUCGAGGCCUUCGAUGAGUCCUGGAAGCCCGAUACCAAGGGUGACAACGGCGAGAUGAAGGAUGAGCAGCACUGGGGUCUGUUCACCGCGGACCGCAAGGUCAAGUUCGACACCUCUUGCCCCAAAUAGACUAUGUGAGACUAUUUGUUCGCCUCAUCCGAGUGUCUUUGCUUUGAUGGCUUGCCCGCCACUAGCGGUUUCUUUUUCAAAUUGUAUUCAUUUAUUCCGGGGAUUUUCAUCUCCUACUCC